CAUGGCGACGCCGAUGGAAGAGGACCUGCCGGAGGCGGGGGCGGCGCCGCCGCCCUCGGAUGUCGCCGGUGGAGGCGCCGAAGACGGAGGGAAGCCCGCUGAUAGGCCGCCCUCGGACGCCGACUCGGACUCGUCGGACUCUGACGACGGAGGUGACGGCGGCGACGAGCUCCGCAUCCAGGCCCUGGAGCGCACCCUCCAGGAGCAGCCUCUGGACUACGACUCCCACGUCCAGUUCAUACAACUCCUAAGAAAAUCUGGGAAUAUCGAGAAGCUUCGUGCUGCAAGGGAGGAGAUGAACAAGUACUUCCCUCUCACACCAAAGAUGUGGCAGGAAUGGGCAAAGGAUGAGAUUUCAUUGAGCUCUGGUCGUGGAUCUUUCGAUGAUAUUGAAAAGCUCUAUGAGUGUGGAGUGCAAGAGUAUCUGAGUAUUAAGUUAUGGCGGGAUUACCUUGAUUAUGUUGAGGAGCAUGAUCAGUCAGUGUCACAAUGUACACAAUCUGGUCUCUCAAAAAUGAGGGAUUUGUAUGAGCGUGCAAUCACUGCAGGGGGUCUACAUGUGACUGAAGGCAGCAAACUGUGGGAAGCCUACAGGGAGUAUGAGAUGGCUAUUUUGACCAUGAGUGAUGGCAAUGAUGAGGAGAAGGCAAAGCAGGUGCAGCGCAUACGGGUGCUCUUCCACCGCCAGCUAUCUGUGCCUUUGGCUGACAUUGAAUCGACACUCACUGAGUAUAAGAGCUGGGAAGCUGAAGAAGGCAGUACAAAGGACCAAGAUUCCCAGUUUGAUGAUGUUCCCCCAAAUGUUUUAUCUGCUUACAAAAAGGCCAGCGAGAUGUACAAUGCUCGGAAGCAGUACGAGGAUCAACUAAGUGACACAACCGAAUCUGAAAUUAACAAACUACAAGUGUUUCUGAAAUACAUCAAAUUUGAGGAAUCUUGUGGUGACCCUGCUCGUGUCCAAAUUUUGUAUGAACGGGCUGUUUCGGAGCUUCCUGUUUCAAGUGAUCUAUGGAUGGGAUACACGAGUUACCUGGACAGAGCCCUGAAGGUACCUGCUAUACUCAAAAGUGUUUACCACAGAGCUACGAGAAACUGCACAUGGAUUAGUGAUCUAUGGGUCCGUUACUUGCUGUCAUUAGAGCGCAUUCAUGCAUCUGAAGACGAACUGCGACAUGUCUUUGAGCAUGCCAUUCAAUGUUCUUUUCCAAGCAUGAAGGAGUAUCUCGAUAUUUAUCUUACUCGAGUUGAUAGUUUAAGACGAAGGAUGCCAGCUGGCUUGGAUUUUGAAGUGAUUAGGCAGACAUUUGUGGGUGCUGCUGAGUUCCUCUCACCGCAACUAGGAACCGAGGAGUUAUUGCUCUUGCAUGCAUACUGGGCCAAAUUAGAGUGUAAUAUUGGCAAAGAUCUAGCUGCAGCUCGUGGAGUUUGGGAAAAUACUAUCAAGAAAAGUGGGUCUGUGUUGGAGGUUUGGCAGCACUAUAUUUCAAUGGAGACAGAAAUGGGACACAUUCACGAGGCAAGAUCACUUUACAAGCGUUGUUAUAGCAAAAAGUUUGCUGGGUCUGGAUCAGAGGCUAUAUGUCAUGCGUGGAUAAGGUUUGAAAGGGAACAUGGCACCUUGGAUGAUUAUGACCUUGCCAUAAAAAAGGUCACCCCUCGUUUAAAGGAGCUUAUGAUGUUCAAGGCUCAGCAAGAGGCUAAAUCUGACCCAUCUUCAGCCCCCAAAGAAACUUCAUAUGCAAAUGAUUCCUCUCAGAAAAGAAAGGCAAGUAAAAUGACCAGCAAAGUGCAGCCUCCUGCUAAGAAAAGGAAAGAUGUCCCACCUAAAAAGAUGGCGCCAUCAGAUGUCCACGGAUCAAAGGAUCAAAGCACAAACAGUGAUCUUCAAGAAGCUGGUGAGGUCAGCAGGGGGAAGGCUGAGGCAUCGAUGGAAAUGAAAGCUGAAGGUGUCAACCAAGGACGAAAUACAAGUUCAAAUCAACCAAAGUCAUACGUAUACAGGGACAAAUGCACUGCGUAUGUGUCAAAUAUAGACUUUACGGCUACUGAGGUGGACAUCCGCCGUUUCUUUUCUGACAUUGGUGGUGUGACAGACGUAAGGUUGCUGAGGGACAGAUUCACCAAAAAAUCGCGGGGUUUGGCGUAUGUAGACUUUUCAGACAAGGAACAUCUUGAGGCAGCCAUUAGAAAGAACAAGCAGAAGUUUCUCAGUAAGAAAGUAAGUGUUGCCUAUUCAGAUCCAAGCAAAAGUAAGAAGAAUCGUGAAGCAGGCAUUGCUUCCAAAGGCCAGGAUAAAUUGCCUUCUGGGGGUGACCAUGAUGAGAAAGCGCCAGCUGACGGUAGUUCAGAGAAGGAAAUGCCCAAAGGUGACACGAAAAUGACAGGAAAGAGCACGCUGUUCGCGCCGAGGUCAGUGAUCAAACCUCUCGGGUGGAACAAGAGUGAUAAGCCCGAUGUUGCUGCGGAAGAGCUAAAAUCAAAUGAUGAUUUCAGAAACCUGUUGCUUAAGAAGUGAUGUUGGUAGGCAGGUUAGUUCUUUGGCACCUUCAUGUCACAGUGUAUGCUGGGGUCUGUACCUUGUACUUGUUGAAUGGAACAUCCCCGCAUCUCUCAUGAAUACAAGGAACUGUUUAUCUGACCUUUGACCUGACACCUAGUGUCAAUGUGUUCUCCCUUUGGCACGAGAAAUCUUGGUUGCAACAAUGGUAGUUCUUUGGCACG